CUAAAUACUGUCUAGGCUUGGGGAGGCAGGUGACAUAUUCACACUGGCUUGGGUUUGAGGAAGGCCAGGCCUUGCACUGUUUUGGGGUUAGAAAGAAGCUGGGGGUCAGUCGGGUAGGAGAGGAGGGAGGGAGCCAACAAUCCCUCUUGGGCCAAAUUACACCGGCAACCAGGCCUAUCAAGCCCAAGAAGAUCCUUGCAGGAUUGGAGUCAGAAGGCAGAGCAAAAGGGGUGUUGGGGCAACUUCUGUGGUCCAGGUUGGAGUCUGGAGGAACAUACAGGGCAUCCCUUGGUUUAUCUUUGAUGCCUUAAGAGGGAACCCUUUAGACCUUUUGGUGAUUGGCAUCUCCGAGCCUGGUGGCUAUCCUGGGGACAGUGGCAGGAGGAAGAGAAAAUUCCUGGGACAGAUUGCACCCCGAAAAAGGCUGGGGGCACCCCAGUCCAAAGGUGAAGACUGGUGUCUCUGCUGAUCCUACCCCUUUUCUCCUUUCAUGGCUCAGCCCCUCCCUCACUGAGGCCUAUAGGCCCCAGCAGUUCCAGCCGGGGGAGGGCCUGGGCUUGAGGCCGCCGGGCAGCUCCAGGCCCCAAACCGGUUUUCCCAGCUCCGCUAAGGCUGGCAUGUCACUGCUGCCUUUCCCUCCCUACCACUUCCUUUCAGUUCUUCCUCUCUCCACCCUGGAAUGUUGGGGGGUUGUAGACUGUCUAGUUCAUCUUUUGUCCCCUGCCUGCGCUGGGUGUGAUCUCUUCUAGAAAGGCAAGGCCACCAUGUAUGACUUUAAAACAAAGUAGAGUGCCAAUUCCACACUUGGCCUUCCACACUUCUGGUGCUCAGGCUUCCCCUGUAGACCUUGAAGACAGUAAAACUGAGUGACAGCAAAAAGUAGUUGGGUUCCCCCUUAUCAUCAUCCCCCACCCCCAUUUGAGUUGUGGAGGAGGAAACUGGAAAGUCAAAAGGAAGCCCAGCCUACCCCCUGGCCUGCUCUGGAGUAAGGGGGGAGCAGUAGCCUUUCUCCUGUUCAACCCAGCCCCUUACUUCAAAUACCAACAAGGCAAAUUAUUUCCAUUUGUCUCCUCUUCUGCUGGAACUGAGGUCAUCUCAUUAAUGGUAGCACCAACUGAUGUAAAUGGGGCCCUUGCUGUGUGCCAAGCGCUGUGCUAAGCACUUCAGAUGCUCAUACAUCCCCUUUGAGGGAAGUAAAACCAUGAGAAAACAGGCACAGAAAGAUCCAGGAUUGUACCCAAAGCCACAUUGGUAGCCUUUGGUGGAAGCAAGCUUUCUUCUCUGGCUCAUUGGCUGCUACUGUGUCCCUUCAUUAAGGAAGGACCCACAUCCCUAACCCUGCUACAAUUCGUGCUCUUUUGAAGUGGAUUUGGCUACUGAAAUCCAUUUAAUCCUUGGAAGAAUAGCUCUUUGAAAGGAGAUGGGGGUUGUGAAAGUGUCUACAGGAGCUCUUACAGCUUUUACACCUGUGGCCAACUCCCAUCCCCCCAGUCCCCAUACAAAUGCAGAUCUUCUGUAAACACCUUUCCCAUUUUCCUCCCUAUUACCCCAUUGGGACAAAUAUGUGAGAACCAUUCCCACUUCACCAAAGAGGAAAUAGGGUUAAAGAGUUAAAUAACCUGCCCUAGGCACUGGCCUUGAACCUGGGAGUCUGAGUCUCAUAUUAAAAGCCCUACCAGGACACUGCUGGGAAGGGUAGUAGUGGUGGUGGCCUUAGUAGCACAGAGCUCUGAGGAGGGACCCAGCAGGGAGGCACUGUCACACAGCCUAUCACACAAUCCAGAUGGGAAGCAGCAGAUGAUUAACAGUGGAUGGCCAGAUAAAGCUGAUAAACAUUGGUAUACUGCCUUCACUUGGGACUGAUCACUAAAGGAUCCAGAAGGGGAAAUCCCAGCCCUGGGGAGGCUGAUGCAGGGAUUCUGAGGGUCUGGUUGGCUUUGGCAGGUUCCUGAGUGGGCCAAUGGCUGAUCAGGUGAAGUGGGCGCAGAUGCUGGGAAGACAAGGCCACCUAAUCGCCUUUCAAAGCUGGGGCCCGAGAGUAAGGAGAGGGAGAGAACUACAACUCCCAGAAAUCCCUGCUCCCUGCCUAGUCAAGGAUAGUUGCCAUGGUUUCAGGAAACAAUAUGGCUGCUCCCAGCUGGGAGGAGAGUCUCCGGAUUAGAGGGGUGGAGGCAGGUCUCGUCGCCCUCAGUGGCAAGAGAAGAGGAGCCUGAGGGAUCUGAGGUUGAGGCUGGACGCUGCACGGCUAGAACAGCCUGGCCUUGCCGACGGUGCCAAUGGCGGGCAGCGUGGACGAGGAGGCGUUGCACCAGCUGUACCUGUGGGUAGACAACAUACCUCUGUCCCGGCCCAAGCGAAAUCUCUCCAGGGAUUUCAGUGAUGGAGUCCUGGUCGCAGAAGUCAUCAAGUUUUACUUCCCCAAGAUGGUGGAGAUGCACAAUUAUGUCCCUGCCAACUCUCUCCAACAGAAGCUCAGCAACUGGGGUCACCUAAACAGGAAAGUGCUGAACAAACUGAACUUCUCGGUACCAGAGGAUGUGAUGCGCAAGAUCGCUCAAUGCGCGCCGGGCGUGGUGGAGCUAGUACUGAUUCCGCUGAGGCAGCGCCUGGAGGAACGCCAGAGGCGCAGGAAGCAGGGCACCAGCUCCUUACAGGAGCUGGCUCCCCAGGAUGGCACUGGCUACAUGGAUGUGGGUUUGUCCCGGAAGGCCGGAGGGGAAGGUGCCCUGGACCCCCAGGGAGGGGGCCAGCUCAGGGAGGGCCGGUUGCCAGGGCCUCGGCCUCCAGGAUAUAGCCAGGCAGUGCAGGGCGACCCAAGCUUCGUCCUCCAGAUCGCCGAAAAAGAGCAGGAGCUGUUGGCCUCUCAGGAGACUGUGCAGGUCCUGCAGAUGAAGGUGAGGCGCUUGGAGCACUUGCUCCAGCUGAAGAACGUGCGCAUCGACGACCUCUCGCGGCGGCUCCAGCAGGCAGAGCGUAAGCAGCGGUGAGCGGUGAGCGGUGAGCGGUGAGCCGCGAGCCACAGCCCGGGCCGAUCGAGCGGGAAACCCCAGUACCCGCCAGAGCCCAGACACCGCCACCGAAGCACCCACCCACGCACCCACUGGCCUACCGAUGGACGAAUGGGCGGGCGGAGCCAGCAGGUCCAAUGAGCCUCCCUGGGAGCCAACAUGUCCCUCCCUUGGGGUGGGCGCGUAUGGGGUGGGCGGUGGGGCAGCGAGGCAGGAGCCUUUAGAGCGGAGCCUGGAGCUGAGCCACCUUCUUCCACUACAUCCGAGUCAGGAGAAUGGACCGCUUUCCAGAACCCAGGAGCCACGUGCAGAGACCUGGCAUGCUCCCCAAAGCAGCGCCCAGCCCCAGGGGCUCCAUCUUGAUGCUCCCUGCUCUGGGCCUUGAGAGGCAGUGCUCCCGCUGGGUCCACACUCCUAGAAACAGGUCCAAGCCCAGCUCUGAGGACAGCGUUGUCUCCAUCCAGGCUAGUUCUCUGUGCUCUGGGCUGUGCAGGAAGCUGCCCCAGGCAGCUGAGGGAGACCCUUGCCCCUCUCGGGCACUCACCUGGGACCCAGAUGGAGGCUGGGGAACACAGCAGCUGGAGAGGAAAGGAUGAGUGGGUUCAGCGAGGAGUGGGGAAGACAUGGGCUGUGCCUGUCCCAAUUACUCUCCCUUCCUGUGGGGCACCUUUGAGAAUACUUGGGAGGUAUGGUAUCACACGGCCCCCAUUAAAGAGUUGUGCUAUCUUUCCCUUGACUGCCUUCU